CGGCUCGCUUCUGCCGCGUUGCGACGUACAACUAUGUGUGUGUGUGUGUGAUUGUGUGUCCGUGUGCGCUUGCGCGUCGAACCGCGCGCUCUUGCUUGUAGGAGCAGAGUGUUGCAGUCCUGUGUGUAUCAACUGCGACAUUGGGGCACGUCGCCCACGACCUUGACAGUCCGAGUCGGGGCAGGACAUUCGCCAAUAACUUGGAUACGUACAUGGGAUUGCAGAAGGUCGACGGGCUGGCGGAGUUCGUCUACUGCGACAACUCCGGGAAGGAGAUCAGCUGCUGGCGAGAUCGCGCCGUGGGAGGGAAGCUGGUGCCGGCGAGCGUCCUCCUCGAUGGGCCCCCCGUCUACAUGGGCUCUGAGCCGGAGGCCAAGCCGGCCGCGAAGCCCGCUGCUGGCAAGGGUCGCGAGCCCGCCCCUGCCGCCAAGCCGGCCGCGAAAGAGCCGGCCGCGAAGAAGCCGGCCGCGAAGAAGCCGGCCGCGAAGGAGCCGGCCGCGAAGGAGCCGGCCGCGAAGAAGCCGGCCGCGAAGAAGCCGGCCGCCAAGGAGCCUGCCGCCAAGAAGCCGGCCGCAAAGGCGGCUGCUGGCAAGGGCCGAGG